AUGACGCUCUUGGGUGGGCUGUUCUCAAGAAAGAGCAAAGGCAGAAACAAGGAACAGCAGGCGUCCAGCGUCGCCAGCGCCCCCGCCGCCACCAGCGAAGACAUCGACUCGACGCUCUCCUCGCCAACGGCCUCGUACGUCACUCCGGAUAAACACGUACCGUCUGUUCCAAAUGGCAAGAGUUACCUGCAUCCUGAUUCUGCCAGAGACAUUCACACGAACUUGAACGACCACCGUCCAUCGUUGGAGAUGAUGCCCUCGACGUCCAAGCUGCGUAUCUUUGGCCGGAAAAAGUCCUCAAUCAAGCCGCCAGAGUCGACGAACGACAAUGACUACGACAAUGCAUUCGGUACUUCACCCAGACCGCCCUACAUGGGGCGCAUCAGUACCAGCAGCGCAGCCUCCGACAGUGAAACGGCAGAUCCCCGACGUUUGCGACCUCCACCCUCCAAGUCUGCUAUAUUCGCUGCCUACAACGACCCCCACAGUGCACUCUCUACGCGUUCCCUACCUAAUGAAGGCUAUCACACUCGUUCAGAAUCACCGCAACCAUCUGCACCACCACCACCACCCACAAAGCGGCCGUCCUUAUUUUCCUGGACGAAAUCUUCGUCGUCCAAGGCGCUCCCUAUACCUCCGAAAGACCCGAAGAAGCUAGCACCCAUCGACACCCACAACGUCGGCGAGUCGCCAGAGUCUUCGUUCAACCUCAAGUCUUUCCGCCACGUCGGGCCCUCAAGCCCGGCGCAUUCCAACUCAAACCCAAACGCCUCAAACGUCUCCCUGCACACGCCCGCGCCGCGGCCGCGUGCUGAGCCUGUGCACUCAGACUCGUCACACCGAAUUUCAGUCGCAGCAUUCAGGGAAGCACAAGCACGCCGAAGUUUGGCUGGAUCACCCUCUCCUUCACUUGGCCGUUCGCCUAGUCCGCUACCAAAUUCCCCAUCGUUGCCGCCCGAUGUUCCCCGAGGACCCAUUGCUUCGAGCUCACGGCCGCCGCGACCGUCCCCUCAGCCCUCGCCAUCAACGUCAUAUUCGACGCAGCUCAAUCAGCGCAAGUCUGGAAUGUCCUUCGCGGCAACAUCUCUCUUUGCAUCAGACACGGAUGAUUCUGAUUCUUCAUCUGAACACGAAGAGUCGGACGAUGAUGGAACUUAUACCCAAGCCCAAAGGGGACGGCAGCCAACGUCGAGGCUGCCCUUGACUCACAAAGGGCGAGCAAAGUCGGAUAUGGGACAUGGUGCAAUAUUGGACAGGAGGACACCAACUCGUUCCGCACCCAAAUCACACGUUGGCCACGAUUGGUCCUCACGGCAAGAGUCUCCUUCACAUUCACGUCCGAACUCGCAGGCGUUGUUAUCCAACUAUGCGGCACAAGAAGCAAUGCCUACAUCUGAAUCAGGCCUUGGCCAUUAUGCCGGGGGCCAGAGACCGCGUGCGAGUGCUUCCACGAGUGCACUCACACCAUCUGCUGCUGCCAAACGCGCGAGCGUCCUAGCUGCAGCAAAUGCUGGUACGGAGGCCGAUACCAUUAACCAAUACAAACGUGCUUCCCGACACAUUCGCGACUCCUCCAUACAUUCCAAUCCUCCAGAACCACCAUCUAUGACGACGAACAAGAAGGCAUCGACGAAUCUGGGCCACGGAAAUUUCCCUCUCCAACAAACCCCGUCCAGCGACUCGGACUCUGAUUCCGACAAUGCUCCUCUUGCAACACUCGUCCCUCCUCGACGACCGGGAAGCGCCAUGUCGUCAUAUUCUAAUGGGAACGCGUCGACGCGCUCAGGUGGACAGCAUAAACCGUUGAUCGACAUCAAAGAACUGGUUGCGACAAAGCCCGCUCCCAGCCUUCCGCGACCCGCAGGUUCGCCUGGGAAGUCGAUGGAAGGUUUUACACCUGGAAGGACGCUCCUAUCAGGAAUGGACUCCUCGUCUCGACCGGAUCUCCGACGACCUCCCUCGCCAACACAUUCAGUGGUCAGCAAGAUCCCGCCUGUCAACUUUAUCUCCCCUCCAUCGACCCCAGGUCAGGAGGAAGUGAAGAGGAUGGGAAUCCCUCCGAGAAGCUCGACAAUGCCGUUACCUAUGGCUUCGAGUUCGUCGUUGGGAGGCAACGAGUCGACCCCAGAUGGGGAGAGGAAGCGGGACGCGUUGUCAGAGAGGUUGUCCAAGGUGGUGAAGAGCACGGUUGGGCCUUCUCAGCUCAAUCCGGAACGGUCAAACUCAGCGCCGCUUCUGUCAAUCUCACGAAGCACGACUCCAGUUGGUGAUCUCAACAAACCGCUCCCACCGCCAGAAUCUCCGUCUGUUCGCAACUUUUUGGAACCGCAGCGAAGCGAGAGUCCGAAGGAUUUGAAUUCGAAUAUCAAAGCCCCUGUUGCGAAGCGCACCAAGUCAAACACGCUCGACAUUCCUGCCUCGACAUCAGCAGCGACCAUCCGGCCACGCCCAGUCUCCAAACCCAGUCCUCCUGACCCUAGUCUUGCAGAUCUCCUUGGAGUUGCAGGGAUGAAGUUGAUCUCGCGAAAUGGUGAAGAUUCGCCGUCUGAUUCGGAGUCUGAGACUUCCGAUUCUAGCGAGAGUGAUAGCGAUGGAUAUGGGUAUGAUAGUGUGUCGGGGAAGAAGGAUCCGUUGAGGAAGAAGAGUGCUGUUGAGGAGCCUAAGGAGGAGAAGAUUGUCCCUAUCCCGAUCAAGCAGCGUCAACCCGCCCCGUCGUUUAGUGUCACUUCUCGACCUCCAAUCUCGCGUAGUCCGACUAAGCAGAGCAACGCCCUUUCGACCGUCAGCAGUACCAGUGGAUCGAGUAAUGCUGGAAGUGUGGUGGGAGGAUCGUCAACGAGGUCGUCCAUGAACCUUAUGACUUUACCUUCAACCACGGUCACUUCAUCUUCGUCUUCGACAUUCAAUGCGAGGAAGAGGAGCAGUACGCUUGCGACUCCUGGUGGAACGUCGAACUACUUGUCGCCCAGUCCACCCUUUGCGAAUGGCAGUUCGUCGAGGAGCACACCUCCACCGGACAGUCCGAACAGCGACAGGACGAACGCACUCCGGGCUGUUGGUGCGACGAUUGCGAUGCAGCCUCAGCCUAGGCAGCGGAGUUCGACUUUGGUGCCUAUGCUUUCGCCUCCGCAAGGUGGUACGCCUCCGCCUCACAUGCCCAGCCGACCAUUUGCCGUCCGCCGAGACAGUCCCGCGAGCUCAACGGGCGACUCGAGUAGCGGCCGUGCCCCUCUCACGCCCCGAGAUGGCUCUGAUAUCGGUAUCAACACUCGGAGUAAAGACUCGGCACUUAAGACCGACUCUGUACAACAAUACAGCGGGGGUGCGAGUGGACUGGGUAUGUCCGCCAAGACGAAGCAAAAGUUGAAGAGGCGGAGUGUGAGCUUUGAUGAUGAGCCGAGGGAUCUGGUGGAGUUUAGGUCUAGUCGAGCGUCGAGGGAUUUGACGAAGCUUACUGGGGGCGAUUCGGGUAAAGCGAAAGAGAAGGAGCGGAGGAGUGUGGAGGUUGAGAUGGAAGAGAGGAGGAAGGAACGGAGGAGGGAGGAGGCGAAGGCUGCUAUUGAGCUCGGCGAAGUGGUCAAUGGCCGUGGUCCAAUCUUGGACGACGACGACGAUCUUCCUAUGAACCCUCGGAUGUCGACCAUGAAUCCUAUGAUGAUGGGUAUGCAGCCUCAGAUUGGGUUCCCGGGUGUACCUGGAGGCGGAGCGACAUGGGGUAUGAACAUGAACAUGAACCUCAACAUGGCGAUGCAGCAUGGCCCCAUGCCCAGCCCAGGCAUGCUCUCCCCGGCGCAAUUCAUGCUCCCGCAACCAGCCUCCAACGAUCCAGCCUUCCUCGCCGCGCACCAACAAGCGAUGAUGAUCGCGAAGCAGGCGUACCAGAUGGCGGUGGCGCAGCAGGCUAUGGCGGCUGCUGCCGACGAGUGGGAGCGCAGUUCGAAUAUGGGCGGGUUUGGUGGGAGUGUGUAUGGUGGUGUAGGGGGGAGUGGGGGGAGUGUUGGGCCUGGGUCGAUGAUUACGCCGUAUGGUAUGGGGAUGGGUAUGAUGGGUAUGGGGCAGCCUAAUAAUUGGUCGACUGGGUCGGCGAUUAUGGGUCCCAGCGCGAGUUCGCGGUCGAUGUAUGGUGGGAUGAGUAGUUCGAGGAGUGAGUAUGGGGGAGGGAUGAUGUCUUCUGGCGGGGGCAGGAGCUCGGUUGCGAUGGGUAACUGGAGUAGCUCGAGGAGUUCGUACGGGGAGAUUGGGGCUGCCUCGGGUGGUGGCGGUAGGAGCCGGCAUGUAUCGACUGGGGCGAGGGAUUCGAUAUAUGGUGGACAUGGGAAUGUGCCACCUGUGCCGGCUAUACCUAGUGGUGGAGGUGAUCGGUCGUCUAUCGUUGGAUCGUCCAAGGCCGGUCCGAGGCAGAGGACGACGAGUCAGCCUGCGUUGAGUUCUGGGAGGGCUGGACAUGGUGCGUUGAGGAAGGCUCCGCCGCCUUCGAGUUGGAAAGCUAGUGGAUUCUAG